AUGGUGAAGAACGGAAGGAUAGUUGCAAUUUUAGACUGGGCCUUCUCGGGAUGGUAUCCGGAAUACUGGGAGUAUACUAAGGCACACUACGUCUGGGAUGAAGAAUGGUAUCAGUUUAUUCCUCUAGCUUUCCCUCUCUACGAGAAUGAGCUCAAGACGGAACAAGCCCUCUGGGAAAAGCUCCCCUCACCAGGAACUGCCAGAUGGGCCUCUAUUCCAGCAUUCAGCCGUUCAGGAUCGGUCCCUUCGGACGCAUGGAUGGCUCAAAGAGCAGGCCGAGAGCUGACAGAUCUAUGGACUACACCUGGCAUUCAAUCACUCCUUACUCCCCGGAACGUGGACUAA